CUACUCAAACCAACAGCUCUGUAGCUACGCUUCUCAAAGUUUAAGCAGAUAAGCUAAGGUUGUGUUUUCACUUUUCCCAGCCAUGGCCGAAGCUUCAAGAAUCACUUACACUACUCUCAUUCCUGGUUUUAGCUCAACAACUCAGAGAACUCAUGUGGGUCUGGGUCACCUUAAGCUAACUGUGUCACGCAAGUACCAAAUUCAUUGUUCAGUUUCUGCUAAUGCAAGUGCAAGUGGUGCCACUCAAACCUCAGUGAUGGAAACCAUUCCUUGGGGGUGUGAGAUUGAUUCAUUAGAAAAUGCAUCAGCUUUGCAGAGAUGGUUGUCAGAGUCAGGGCUUCCACCACAGAAGAUGGCCAUAGAAAAAGUGGAUGUGGGUGAGAGAGGACUUGUUGCUUUGACCAAUAUCAGAAAAGGGGAGAAGCUUCUCUUUGUGCCUCCCAAAUUAGUCAUAACUGCUGAUUCUGAAUGGAGCUGCCGAGAAGCUGGUGAAGUAUUGAAAAGGAAUUCAGUGCCAGAUUGGCCAUUGCUCGCAACUUACCUCAUAAGUGAAGCUAGCCUCAUGAAAUCUUCAAAAUGGAGCAAUUAUAUAUCAGCCUUACCUCGACAACCUUACUCACUUCUUUACUGGUCACGAGCAGAACUAGAUCGCUACUUGGAAGCUUCUCAGAUUAGGGAGAGAGCAAUUGAGAGGAUUAAUAAUGUUAUUGGAACAUACAAUGAUUUGAGGCUCAGAAUAUUUUCCAAAUACCCUGAUUUAUUUCCUGAAGAGGUGUUCAACAUAGAGUCCUUCAAAUGGUCGUUUGGCAUUCUUUUCUCCCGCUUGGUUCGGUUACCCUCAAUGAAUGGAAAGGUUGCCUUGGUUCCUUGGGCAGAUAUGCUGAAUCAUAGUUGUGAUGUGGAUACAUUUUUGGACUAUGAUAAGCUGUCAAAGGGAAUUGUCUUUACGACAGAUCGGCCCUAUCAACCAGGUGAGCAGGUGUUUAUUUCAUAUGGAAAAAAAUCCAAUGGGGAGCUUCUGUUAUCUUACGGAUUUGUUCCAAGGGAAGGUGAUAAUCCUAGAGAUUCAGUUGAGUUGUCACUAUCACUCAAGAAAUCUGAUGGGUCCUAUCUGGAGAAGUUAGAACUGUUGAAGAAGUAUGGAUUAUCAGGAUCUCAGUGUUUUCCUAUACAGAUUACUGGUUGGCCAUUGGAGUUAAUGGCUUAUGCUUAUUUAGCUGUUAGUCCUUCAAGCAUGAGAGGGCAAUAUGAAGAGAUGGCUGCUGCAGCUUCGAAUAAAAUUUCCUCCAAGAAGGAUUUGAGAUAUCCUGAAAUAGAGGAGCAAGCAUUGCAAUUCAUACUAGAUAGCUGUGAAUCCAGUAUAUCAAAAUACAACAAGUUCUUACAGGUAAGUGGAUCACUGGAUUUGGACGUGACUUCUCCAAAACAACUCAACCGAAGACUCUUUCUGAAACAGCUAGCUGUGGACUUGUGUACUAGUGAGCGAAGGAUAUUAUUUCGUUCUCAAUACAUACUGCGAAGAAGAUUGAGGGAUAUGAGAGCUGGAGAAUUAAGAGCUCUAAAAAUCUUUGAUGGGUUCCGGAAUCUUUUCCAAUGAGGCCAUUUCAUGGUGCAUUGGUUUGCCUUGGUUGUUCUAAGAAAAUCGAUCUCACCCUUUAACAUGAUGAACUUUGUUCAGUUCAUACAUGGCCAGGUUCAUUUGUAUCAUAUAAUUGAUAGUUGUUGCUGAUGGAAAUAGGUCCAGUCUUAAGUGAUGAAAUAUUAUAAUCCAUAUUGAAAAAAAGCAAGAAAAAGAGAGAGAAUAGAGAAAGGAAGGAAUGAUUGCGACAUAGGCUUGCUAUGUAUUUAUUGAUCCAAACAAUUUCUUUUCUUUUCCUAUGUUUAAACUUUCAUGAUGAAAAAUCAUAUUUGGAUUUUCUUGUGUAAUUUUUCUUAUAACGAUUGGAGUCAGUGCUCUCGUAAUAGAGUGUCUGAGUAUCUCUCUCCUCACACGACAUUGUUGGGUAUUUUUAUUUUAAAG